CAUCACCACAUCAACACUAGCAAGAGACCCUAACAGGACCUCCCACCCACCCACAAACAACAACAAUGUCUGCCGCCAAGCCCGCAUCGAAGAAGGCCAGCGCCAAGGGAUCGUCUGGCAUCAGCUAUGAGGCCAUGAUCAAGGAGGCCAUCCUUGCCCACCCCGAGGAGAAGACUGGUCUCGGCAGGCCCACGAUCAAGAAGUACAUCCACCAGAAGCACCCCGAGACGAGCAAGAUGCCCGAGGCUGCCUUCAACAACCACGUCUCCAAGGCCAUUACGCGUGGCCACGAGAAGAAGACGUUUGUCCUGCCAAAGGGCAUCAGCGGCAGGGUCAAGCUGGCCCCCGACGCGAAGAAGGCUGCCGUCAAGAAGCCCGCCGUCAAGAAGGCUGCUGCUACCAAGACGGCCAAGCCCGCUGCUGCCAAGAAGGCUACGACGACCAAGAAGACGGCCACCAAGAAGGCCGCUCCCAAGAAGAAGACGACGUCGAGCACCGCGGCCAAGGCUAAGAAGCCAGCUGCCAAGAAGACGGCAACGACCAAGAAGGCGGCACCCAAGAAGAAGGCAGCCCCCAAGAAGGCAUAAAUGCGACGUCCUGCGUCUACAUUUGGGCUUUCUCUUCUCUUCUUUCCAUGUACAAACAUGUACCGCUCGACACACACCUCUACCCUAUGGUCAAGAUUCUCCUCGUCUUUCGCCGCUCUCUCCUCUAUUGCACCGCCGCCGGUGUCACCCUCCGCAAUCCAGUGGAGGGUGAAAUUUCCCUCGCGCCGAUCUGCUCUAAGGGGGAGUCGGUUAUAUUCUACCCGAUUUUUGCAUAGGCUUCCCAUGAACACCAUCCACCUCUAGCUCCUUUGUUCCGUCCUCCUACUCCUUCUUUCCAGUGGUGGCGCCACACACACAACUUGUAUUACCAAAUUUUAACCUUUGCUUCUCUCCAACAUUUGUGAUUUGGGUUUGGUAGCUCCGACUCCUACGGAUGAAGGAAGC